CAACUGAGACAAAAGCCUCAGAGCCUGAGCUCACCCCAACUCCCGACGUCUCUUAAAAACCGAUCUUUUCUUUCUUGUCUGCCAUUAAAAACUCCAACAUUGAGAUAUGUGAAAUAAAUUCGUCGUUCCCCUCCCUUGCCCUCCCCUUGCCCCUGUUUCUACUGACUCAGCUCUUCUUCUUUCUCAACAACUCACAGUUCUUGUAGGCCUUCCCCAUCGAACAGAGUCUCAUUCAGCUAACACUGAAAUGGGCUGAUCUCCUCUGCUACAAAGUCGAUUUCUUGUGACUACUUUUACCAUAACCACCAGGCGUUCAUCCUCCUGCCUUGCUGUCCGCCACCUGUGUUUGUCCAUCUCUGUUCCAGCUCUUGGAUUCUGAAAGAAAAACCAGCUGUCUCAGCUCCCCUGCUUCCUUUCGUACCUCAAAGACGCCAACUUUUUUUCAGUUACAAUCGUACUCCGCUUGUUCUCCCUCACACUGCUACCCUUCUCUAUUUCACAGAAAAGGCUUAAAGCCCGGCUCUUCGCCUCCCCUUCCUCACUUUAAAAACUUCAUCUUUCUCCCAAAAUGAUCACAGCGGCUGAUUUCUAUCAUGUCCUCACCGCUGUGGUUCCUCUCUAUGUCGCCAUGAUCCUCGCUUACGGCUCUGUCAAGUGGUGGAAGAUCUUCUCUCCUGACCAGUGCUCCGGCAUCAAUCGCUUCGUCGCUCUCUUCGCCGUUCCUCUACUCUCCUUCCACUUCAUAUCCACCAACAACCCUUACGCAAUGAACUACCGCUUUAUCGCCGCCGACACUCUGCAGAAACUCAUCGUCCUCAGUGCUCUCACUUUCUGGGCUAAUCUGAGCCGCCGCGGCUGCCUUGAGUGGGCUAUCACUCUCUUCUCCCUCUCCACUCUCCCAAACACCCUCGUGAUGGGCAUUCCUCUUCUCAAAGGAAUGUACGGACCGGACUCUGGAAGCCUAAUGGUUCAGAUUGUCGUUCUCCAGUGCAUCAUUUGGUAUACUCUCAUGCUCUUCCUAUUUGAGUACAGGGGAGCUCGGCUUCUCAUCGCAGAGCAGUUUCCAGACACAGCCGGAUCCAUUAUCUCCUUCCGAGUUGACUCAGACAUUAUAUCGUUAGACGGUAAGGAGCCGCUUCAAACCGAGGCCGAGGUUGGAGAAGACGGUAAGCUCCGUGUAACAGUUCGCAAGUCCACAAGCUCUCGCUCUGAGAUCUUCUCCAGGCGCUCACAUGGUAUGAACUCUGUUACCCCCCGGCCAUCUAACCUCACAAACGCUGAGAUUUACUCUCUGCAAUCUUCUCGGAAUCCAACGCCGAGGGGCUCCAGUUUCAAUCACACAGAUUUCUACUCCAUGGUAAAGAGAAGAUCUGUACAGGUGAGCGCGCGGCAUUCAAAUUUUGGAAACUUGGGUUUUGAUGAAGAAGCUCCGGCGACGAGAGUGAAUGGUGUUCCGGCGGUGUAUCCUCCUCCGCCGGCUAGUGGCUUAUUCUCGCCGGUAGGGGCUAGGAAGAAGGGGAACUCAUGCGAAGGAGGAAAAGAUUUGCAUAUGUUUGUUUGGAGCUCAAGUGCGUCUCCUGUCUCGGAGGGCGGCAUCCAUGUCUUUCGCGGCGGAGAUUUUGCAGGGGAGCACGCAAGAGUGGCUCAAAUGGGCGACCACCGUCACCAGAAAGAUGGAAGCGAUGCUUAUAAUGAGUAUAGCAGAGAAGAUUUCAGUUUCAGAAACCAACCGACUGCCCAUGGUGCUGAUGCUUUAGAGCGAGACAUGCCGAGCUUGUCGAAAUUGGGAUCAAACUCGACCACAGAGCUGCACCCGAGGACAGGUGGCGGCGGGGAGUUGAAACCGGCUGCAAUGCCGCCAACCAGUGUAAUGACCAGGUUAAUUCUGAUAAUGGUCUGGAGGAAGCUCAUCAGGAAUCCCAAUACCUACUCCAGUCUUAUUGGUCUCACUUGGUCCUUGGUUUCUUUCAGGUGGGAGAUUGAGAUGCCUGCCAUCAUUGCUCGAUCGAUAUCGAUACUCUCUGAUGCAGGACUUGGGAUGGCAAUGUUUAGCCUUGGAUUGUUCAUGGCUUUGCAGCCAAGGAUUAUUGCUUGUGGGAAUGGAGUUGCUUCAUUUGCUAUGGCUGUUCGAUUUGUGACUGGCCCAGCGGUGAUGGCGGCGGCAUCCAUUGCUGUUGGGCUUAGAGGUGUUCUCCUGCAUAUUGCUAUUGUGCAGGCUGCUCUACCACAAGGGAUUGUUCCUUUUGUCUUUGCAAAGGAGUACAAUGUGCAUCCUGACAUCCUGAGCACAGGGGUUAUAUUUGGCAUGCUUAUUGCUCUCCCUAUCACACUAGUCUACUAUAUAUUACUGGGCCUUUGAAGCAGAAGAAACUUGCUGUAUUGAAGCAGAUGAAACGCCAAUCGUUAAAAGUUCAUCCCCUUUUUUUUGUGUUUUUUAUUGUAUUUUUUAAAGUAUCCUACGUAGAAGUUUUUUUUUGACUAAUCUGACUGAAGUAGUCUAAGCUGUAACCCUGUUUCUGAUAACUUUCAGUAUAGCUGUGGAAAUGGCUAGUUGGAAGUUCCUGUUGAUGUCAAUUGAAACUGAGGCCUCAAAUAGUUUGCGUUCAGAGUUUCCUUCUCUUGUAUCACUGAAGCAUUUCAUGAAGUAAUUACCAAUUCUGCUAUUUGAAGCAUGAUCAUGUUUCUGUUUUGAAUUUUGUAUGUAAUUGAGUGAGAAAAUAAGAA